AUGCCGAUCCCUCCUCCCCCGCCGCCGCCGCCCGGCCCCCCGCCGCCUCCCACCUUCAGUCAGGCAAACACAGAGCCGCCGAAACUGAGCCGAGAGGAGCAGCGGGGCCGUGGGGCCCUCCUGCAGGACAUCUGUAAAGGGACCAAGCUAAAGAAAGUGACACAAAUCAAUGACCGGAGUGCACCAAUCCUAGAGAAGCCCAAGGGCAGUGGUGGCGGCAGCUACGGCUCUAGCUCAGCUGCGCUCCAGCCGAAGGGCGGCCUCUUCCAAGGCGGUGUGCCCAAGCUCAGACCCGUGGGAGCAAAGGAUGGCUCAGGUAAUGGCUGCCUCUCCGGUAAGCAAACCCUGCAAGUCCCCGGCUCCAGAGCAGCCGCCCCCAGGCCCCCGGUGCCGGCCAGCAACAGCCGACCUCAAGAUGACGCUGACAACAGCCGGGCCUCUCCCCCAGAGCUGCCGCGCACGCAGAGGCCCUCCCUGCCGGACCUCUCCCGACCCAACACCGCCGGCAGCACCGGCAUGAAGCACAGCUCGUCUGCCCCGCCGCCUCCCCCGCCGGGACGCCGCGCCACCGCACCUCCUGCCCCCCCUCCGGCGCACAGCGCCAAGGUGUCUUCCUACAACCGGGAGAAGCCCCUGCCGCCCACUCCGGGACAGCGACUGCCUGUGAGCAGGGACGGACCCCCCGCCCCGCCACCCAUCAAGCCCCCUCCCUCCCCAGUCAGUAUCCGAACGGGGUCGGGGGCUCAGGGCCAAUCUCUCGCCCCCCCGCCACCCCCUUAUCGGCAACCCCCCGGUGUCCCCAACGGCCCUUCCAGCCCCAUCAACGAGUCUGCCCCAGAGCUGCCGCAGAGACACAACUCCUUGCACAGGAAGACGCCGGGCCCCUUGCGGGGUCUUGCGCCGCCGCCACCCACUUCAGCCUCCCCAUCUCUCCAGAGCAGUCGCCCCCCUCCACCGGCCAGAGACCCCCCCAGCCGGGGAGCAGCCCCGCCACCCCCUCCGCCAAUGCUGCGAAACGGGGGGCGUGAUGCCCCCCCACCUCCGCCCCCCUACAGACUGCACGGCUCCGCCGAGCCCCCGAGCCGAGGGAAGCCGCCACCGCCGCCCACAAGGACGCCGGCUGGGCCGCCGCCGCCGCCCCCACCGGUGCGGAACGGGCACCGGGACUCCAUCUCCACCGUCAGAGCGUUGCUGGAUGACUUUGAAUCCAAAUACUCCUUUCAUCCCGUCGAAGAUUUCCCAGCCCCAGAAGAAUAUAAAUACUUCCAGAGAAUCUACCCCAGCAAAACAAACAGAGCUACACGUGGGGCCCCCCCUCUGCCCCCCAUCCCCAGGUGAAAGCGGGCUGCCCAGGCAGAUUGUUCCUGAGCAGAGAGACGGACCUCCUUCCCCUUCCGCAGACGGACCCUCCCCACCUCCCUGCCCCCCAGGAUCCUGCAUGAGAAACUCCCAGCGUCUUUGGUUUUCCCAGCUGCGCCAGGACGAGCCGAUACCCCCAGCCCAGCUCUCUCCGCCAGCCCACCCUCAUCUAUGCAUCUCCCCCGGGACUCGGUGACCUUGCUGGCAAGCCCGGAUGGGUCCUUUCCUCCUCGCUCGUCGCAGAUCCUGGGUCAAGCCAGGACGCCACGUCCAGCUGCGGCCCGAGAGCCGGGCACGAGGACCUGGGGCGGACACCGAGCCGUGUGCGGCCGGCUGUUGGGACCAGAGGUGGCUCAGUGCCUGAUUCCUUGGGCCGGGGCAGAGCGAGAGCUUGGAGAGGAGCUGGGGUAGGUCAGGAGACGGACACGCUCCAUGAUCACCGGCUGCGCCGGCGGCGGAGGCAGGGGGAGCCGGGACAGGCCGGCAGAGCCUCGUUACCCCGGCGCAGCUGAUUGCUUUUUUGCACAGGAGCCAG